AUGGCAUCAAUAACCACCUGUGCAUCUGCUUCAAAAAUCACAUUUGGAAACCAACUGUUCUUCAGCCAGCUUAGGGCCUCCCUCACCCCCAAAGCUUCGACUAUUUUUGGCUCCACUACUCCGUUAAACUUGCGCACCCUUGCUGCCACCAUUCACCCCUCAGCAUCCCUAGCCAUACAAUUGACGCUGAUCCUAUUUCCUUCUUCGAAUGGAGCAGCAUCAGUAUUUUCCUUAACCCAACCAGCCCCUGGUUGA